AUGGAUAGCUACUUCUAUCCAGAUCGCUUCAGCCCAAUCAUGGUGCGCGAUGAAGCCAGACAGCGCGAGCGCCACGCGCGGAACAUCGGCCAGAUCGAAGGCUAUGGUGCAGCUAUUCGCGACAUGCGUGGCGCUCAGAUGCGCGAGAGGAUGAGACCACUCCUGCCCGAGCCAAAGCCAGAGGAGAAGAAGUCCAAAUCAAGGAAGACGACCACAUCAUCACCGCAGAAGACUCAGACCACUCGAGAGAGUAACACGACCGGGUCCAAGUCAAAGCCAACUGUAUCCACAUCGAAGACGACUCAAACCGGCUCCAAGCCAAAGACCACGACCUCCACAUCCAAGACGACCCAGACUGCUCAAGACAAGUACAAGCAAUACAAGAGCACAAAGGGCAAGAGCAAGGAGACCGGAUCAUCUGAGGCCCCGACUACUCGCGACGACUUCGAGAAGUACCAACAGUACAAGAAGAAGCACUACGAGUAUCGCGAACUUCUGCAGCAGGACGGAGAUUUGAAGAGCAAGAAGACGCACGAGAAGAGAAGCCAGUCGAAGAAGGACAGCACCAGAGACUCGAAGAAGGACACUCGCGGACGCUGGGACUCCGUUGAAGAGUCCGAGUACAGGAUCCAGCCGAAGGACUCCAGCGACCUUCGUCGCGAGAAGGCAGAGCGCGAGCGCGAGCGGGCAGUGUACUACGAGCAGCAGCUUCAGAAGGAGCAGGAUCGUCGCUACGCAGCUGAGCAGUGGCAGCGUCAGCGUCUGGAUGUUGCUGAGCGGAACUACCGCGGGUAUGGUGUUGUAGAUGUCCCUCGAGUUCGUCCAGGUCGUCGUCGGUUGGCUGCGAUACCAGGACAGGGUCGACAGAUUUGGUGGGGCGAAGGUCGUUAG